AUGGCGACUGGGGGUGGUGGCAGCGGCCCACCGUCCAAUCUUGAAGGAAGAGCAUCCAAUUUCGCGCAUUCUGGAGCGGGAAGAAAUGCUGGAGCGGCCUCGAAUAUGCCAGUCCCCGUGGUCGCAGCACCAAUCUCCCCCCCGUCGGGGGGCCUUCACCGGGAGCCUAUGUACAACUGGCAGGCCACAAAGAGCUCGGUAAAAGAGCGCUUCGCGUUUCUCUUCAAUAACGAACUGCUCAGCGACGUUAGGUUUAUUGUCGGUAAAGGUAGACAGGCGCAGAGGAUACCAGCGCAUAAAUUCGUCCUAGCUGCUGGUAGUGCAGUAUUUGACGCCAAUGUUCAACGGGGGAAUGGCCACCACCUCGGCCGAGAUAGAGUUACCUGAUGUGGAACCUGCAGCCUUCCUAGCCUUGCUAAGGUAACGUCUAUUGACCGAUCAUGCAGUGCACUGCGAUAUAAUAUAUUUAUAGAGAGGUGUUGUUGUUGUUACCUAACUAGCUAUAUUUGUUGCUCUUAUGUUAUGAGUUCUGACAUUGCAUUUUCUGUAUGUGAGUUGAUGAAACUGAUAUAAACAAGGCUCCUGGCUGAGCUAUGGCUACCGCUUCCUCAUUCUAAAUCUAUUGUCCAGAUUCCUUAACCAUUUUUUACAAAACAGGCUAGUAAUAAAAAUACUUCACAUGAUAAUUACCAACAGGUAAAAACAUUUUUUGCUCUUCUAUAUGCAAUGUCAAGCAUUUGUUUUAGAAGACAGACAUUUGGUGUUCUGGAAGCCAGUCCCCCCACCUUCUUUGACCACUUACUUUGUGUGUGUGUGUCCCUGCAGGUUCCUGUACUCUGACGAGGUCCACAUAGGACCAGAGACGGUGAUGACCACUCUGUAUACAGCGAAGAAAUAUGCCGUCCCUGCUCUGGAGACCCAGUGUGUGGAGUUCCUUACCAAACACCUCAGGGCAGACAACGCGUUCAUGCUACUCACUCAGGUAUAUAAGACUGGUAAUAUAACUCCUAUUGCAUAAACUAUUCUACAUAAUACUACUAUUCACUCAGGAAGUAUAAUGAUGGAUAAUCAUAACUAGCCUAGAGGCUAUGCUUCUCACUCAAAGAAUAUAAGAUUGAUGAUGUAGGCUGAUAUCAAAUAACCUAACCUGCCAUAUGCUUUUCACUCAGCAUAUAAUGUAGGAUACACUGGCCAGUGUAAAUAAAAUCCUCAUGUGGGUACUAAAUAAUAUGUGAGCUCUGCUCUAAAUAGAAUAAACUACUGUAGUUCAUCACAUAGAAAGAAUAGCCAGGAUGGUGUCUCUGCCAAUUCCUCUUGAGUAACAAUUCAGAACAGGGUGUACAAAACCCCCAAAACUAAGCCAUGACCGAAGAUAAUACACUGGCCUAGAUGACUUGGGUAGUACUACAGAAUAAACCAGCCUAAACACACUUCACUCUGUUCAUGUCCACUGUCCUAAGUAUUUUCAUAGGCCAAUGUGCUUCCAAAACAUCAAAAUAAAAUAUAUAUUCAAGAGAUCUCGUUUCCUAUUUUUGUCCUAUUGAGCGAGCAAGUUUGAUCCUAGAAUGUUGUAUAUCAAGUUAUGCUUUUAUCAAAUCAAUUGGACAUUCCCAGGGUGCUACUUGAACAGACAAUUUCCCCAUGUGUCUCAUGCUGAUGUGUCAUCUUGUACCGUGCUCAUUCUUUCUGCAGGCCAGACUAUUCGAUGAGCCUCAGCUUGCCAGCCUCUGUUUGGAAACGAUAGACAAAAGCACCGGUGAUGCCAUAAACGCAGAAGGAUUCACUGACAUUGACCUAGGUAUACAUGAGUAUGGGUUAUUAUUCACACAGGAACAAAUCCCAAUGAUAUACAGUGGAUGAUUUGGGUAAACGGUGGGGGUUAGCCUUCAUGCGUGCUUCUGAAGUAGUCAACUGGGUGGGACUUGCUAUGAGUUAAGGAAGAAGAACAGAAUUCCUUCCAGGUCAUCAGGAGGGGUCAGCAAAUGAAUUAAACUCCUGAGCAAACAUUCCAUAACUGCAGGUGGUAGUAGCUACAUCAACAAGCGUGGCUUUAUACCUGUUCAGACCUAUACACACUCAGUACAGUAGGUGGUGCUAUGCACCUUUUCAGUUAAUUUAUGAACCGCCAAUACACUCAUGGUAUUUGGUGUUUUAUUAGGAUCCCAUCAUAGAGGUAGUAGAAGAAAUUGACUACUUGUUUCUGGGUGCAUUCAGGAGACAAUCAAGUUGAACCUUUGACCCUAACUCCUUCCCUUUUUGUCAUACUGUGUAGACUAGGCCUAACGCUGAACCUGUGUUUUUAGAUACGCUGUGUGCGGUGCUGGAGAGAGACACCCUGGGGAUUCGCGAGAACCGUCUGUUUGGUGCGGUGGUGCGCUGGGCGGACGCCGAGUGUUACAGGCAACAGCUUCCCCUCACCUCUGAGAACAAACAGAAGGUUCUGGGCAAGGCCCUAACCCUCAUCCGCUUCCCACUCAUGACUGUGGAGGAGUUUGCCGCAGGUGGGCAUCUCUCUGUCUGGGACAUAAACACAGAGACGGAUGCACGUAAACAGAAAGACACAAACACACACACUGUAUCUACAUUAGUAGUUUAAAAUUUGAAAUAAGUAAGGACUCUGCUUUGUCAGAUUUCACAUAGCCUAAAUGUUAUUACUUUUUAAUAUGAGUAAGCACUGCUUUUCAUCAAGCUCAUUCUUGUAGAAUGUAAAUACUUGAAAAUACUUGUAACCUAGAAUUCCUAUAGAACAUAGAACGGUGUAUAAUCAUUUUAUAAAUGUGUUGUGUGUUUCUGCUGUCCAAAGAAUCCAGCCCUAGAAACCAGUUUGAUAUUCAUUCUUGUGCAACAGGGCCUGCCCAGUCUGAAACCAGUUUGAUAUGUUUUCUUGUGCAACAGGGCCUGCCCAGUCUGAAACCAGUUUGAUAUGUUUUCUUGUGCAACAGGGCCUGCCCAGUCUGAAACCAGUUUGAUAUUCAUUCUUGUGCAACAGGGCCUGCCCAGUCUGAAACCAGUUUGAUAUUCAUUCUUGUGCAACAGGGCCUGCCCAGUCUGAAACCAGUUUGAUAUUCAUUCUUGUGCAACAGGGCCUGCCCAGUCUGAAACCAGUUUGAUAUGUUUUCUUGUGCAACAGGGCCUGCCCAGUCUGAAACCAGUUUGAUAUUUUUUCUUGUGCAACAGGGCCUGCCCAGUCUGAAACCAGUUUGAUAUGUUUUCUUGUGCAACAGGGCCUGCCCAGUCUGAAACCAGUUUGAUAUGUUUUCUUGUGCAACAGGGCCUGCCCAGUCUGGAAUAUUGUUGGAUCGGGAGGUGGUAAAUCUGUUUUUACACUUUACAGUAAACCCCAAGCCGCGGGUAGACUACAUUGACAGGCCCCGCUGCUGCCUCCGCGGAAAGGAGGGCAGCGUUAGUAGGUUCCAGCAGGUUGAAAGUCGCUGGGGAUACAGUGGCACCAGUGACAGGAUCAGGUGAGACGGUGUACUUGCUUCUCUAAACUGUGACAAUGUCCUACUGGCCCCACAAACUAUAGAGACUAAAAGCCCUUGCACAGAAAUGUUUUUUAUUUUCUCAUCUGGAAAAGUUAGCAUGCAAAAAACCUGCCUCUUAUUUUUUACGUGCAAAUUAUUCAGAUGGAAAAACCGGACUUGGUAUGAAAAGAUAAACUAAUUCUAUGCUACAAACCAACACAGAUGAUGGUGUGUCAAAAGCAGCUGCAGUACAACUCUGGUUUAUCAUUUAAUAACAUAUAAGCCUUUUUCUACAGACCUCGGUGUAGAGGAACACUUAUGAGCGGCAGGUGGCCUAGUGGUUAGUGUUGGGCCAGUAAUGGAAAGGUUGCUGGUUCAAAACCCAGAGCCGACAAGGCUCUGUCGAUGUGCCCUUGAGGAAAGCACUUAACCUUAAUUGCUCCUGUAAGUCGCUCUGUAGAAGAGCGUAUGCUAAACGACAAUUCAUGUAAAAAAAUUUAUAAUAAUAAAUGAGUUCAACAUAUUUGAGGAGGGGGUUUGCUUCUGGCAGAGCCAUAAAAAAACUGCUGCCUCACUGUUUUACAGUGGUGGAACAUUUGAAUGCAAAUCAACACCCCAAAAAAGUUUUGAGAUGGUUGUUAUUCUAUUGCAAGGUAUGCUGUUAAAGGAGUCAACCAAUUGAAUUUGAGUGAUGGUCUUUCUCCAGCCUCAUACCUCUUCACCACACCCCCAUUGGUGGAGACUCUAUUGCAUGUGUUUUAAUAAAGGCAGUGUUAGUUUGUUUGAGGUUUCUAAAAGUAUCUUGUCAUUUCCAUCUCCUGCAGAUUUAAUGUAAAUAGAAGAAUAUCAGUAGUGGGGUUUGGACUGUAUGGGUCGAUCCACGGACCUACGGACUAUCAGGUUAAUAUACAGGUACGCAUUUAAUCGUUCAUUGAUUUAAUAAGGAUGUGGUAAUGAAUGAUGUUAUAUCUCCUGUGCUAUCAGCCUGGUAGCCAGAUGAAAUGUGUCCUGUUAGUGCUUCAGCCUCACAACAACUUCUCCAAUGUUCCUUACUGCGUAUGAAGCACUAAGAGAUCUGGUUACCAGGGUCGCCUUGAGUAGGGCACAUAGUAACAAAAUGUUUUGCAAUGAAAAACCAAAAACCUGGGUUAUUGGACAAGUUCAGGUAGUACCUUUCCGUUUCAAAACGUUUUUUACCCGGUUUGAACACGAUCCAGGUCAUUAUAGUGAAUUUGUUCAGAAAAGCUUUAAAAAAUAAUCGAUAUAUAUAUUUUUUUAAGCUAUAGUGCAAACAGUAAUUGACUAAUUGUUUCUGUCGUUUUCUGCAGAUUAUUGAGAGUGACAAAAGCCUAACACUAGCAACAAACGACACAGGCUUUAGCUGUGACGGAACAGCCAACACAUUCAGAGUCAUGUUCAAGGAGCCUGUGGAGAUUUUACCCAACGUUAGCUACACCGCUUGUGCAACCUUAAAGGUACGCUCACCCCACAACGACAGAAGCUGUGAUACUGAGUACUCAAAUGCAUGUUUACAAACAAACAAUAGGUUAUUGUGUUUUCUUUUUAUGAAUUUGAACUUUGCCUCUGCUGCUAACAGCAGCAUGUUUAUUAUAGACAUUGAAUCAAAUGUUGUUAUUGCAAACUAGUUUUGGUUGGUAUUCUACUAGAUUAUCAACCCUGUGUGACCACAGUUGAGAAUUUGUAAUGAACAUUUAAUUGUCAUCUCAUCUUAAAGGGAUUGUUCACACAAAACAAAACUAUAAACAAAUAUUCCACUGUUAAUACAAUCCCCAAAAUCUUUGUCAAGCUUUCAAGGUGUAGCACUUUCAGUACAGAGCAAAAACGGUGAGUUUCUCCAUCAUAACAAUCCACGUGCCUUCUGUAGGGCCCGGACUCUCACUAUGGCACUAAAGGGUUCAAGAAAGUGAGCCAGGAGUCCGCCACGGGGACCAAGACCACCUUUUUCUUUUUCAGUUCUCCUGGGAACAACAACGGCACGUCGGUGGAGGACGGACAGAUCCCGGAGAUCAUCUACUACACCUAGACAACGCCUCACCACACCUGGGUCCUGUUCAGUUGGGCCAAAACGUUUAGAAACUGGGGCGGUCCUACCCGGACUCGUUCAUUUUGGUUUCCGUUGCAACUCUUUACAAAAAAAAUAUUUUCGUUGCUUGCACUAUUAAACACGACUCCCUAGUAAACACGACUGGGUUGUGUUCAGUAGGCAAACUUGGAACGUUGCAGCUAGAAAUGUCACGAAUAGAGAUGACGUGAUGCCUUAUUCUCAUUGCGGCAUGUUUGUUCUAGAUGUAUUUCUAUCUAAACGUUCCACAACGUUGUGCCCUGCUGAACAAUGCCCUGGAUCAGGUAGACACCAUCUACCACACCUAAACCAGGGGGGCCAUGUUCAGUA